AUGUUAAAUUUGCAGCUUGACGAUCUUAUAUUUGCACAAUCAGAUAAUUCGAAACUUGUCGAAAGUUUAAAGUUUAUACAACCAAGAGCGACUUCUGGAAGUUUGGCAAUUUAUAAUGAAUUUGAGUUUGAUGAACUUCAUCAUUUUAAACAGAUCUAUCAGCUUGAAGUUGAAGACACAAUUACUGGUUUUGAAUUUUUUCCUGGAAAAAUGCUAUCUUCUAAAAAAAUCAAUAUUGGUUUGUUAAAUGAAAUAUAUAAUAUCCUAGUAGAAUAUUAUAAUAAUGCUUAUGAUAUGGAAUUUUUAUCUAUCGUGAAGUCAGUUCAGAAAAAUCUAAAACGUACUGAUAGUAGAAUCAUUGUUUUACCUCAAAAUUCAUUUAUUCUUGUGAAAUUUGUGCAAGAAAAUAGUUCAAUAGAAGUAUUUUUAGGUCAAGUUCAGUACUUUUUUGAACACAAAGUUUGCUUACCAGAAGUAAAAAUUCAUCAUUUGACUUAUGAAAG